ACACCAUGUUCGUCCUCUCUGUCCUUGCGGUCGCCACCCCCUGGGGCGUCACCACCACAUCGGCGAACACGGUCACGGUCACCGCGACGGUGACUGCCACAGCGCCUCCUGCUACCGUGACGGCCUCUAACUGCAACACUGGCUCAAUUUCGUGCUGCAACUCCGUCGUCUCGUCAACUGAUGCCGAGGCAAACCUCUUGGCCGGGCUUUUGGGCAUUGUCCUCGGGAGUGUCACGGGCCUCAUCGGCCUCAACUGCUCUCCGCUCAGCGUCAUCGGCGUCGGCAGUGGCAACGCCUGCAGUGCUCACCCCGUCUGCUGCGAGAACAACUCAUUCGGCGGUCUCAUCAAUAUCGGAUGCAUUCCUAUCACCCUUUGAAGGG